AUGACUUCACCUAGGAAACAUCGCUCUAUAGUGAGCUACACCAAGAGAAGACGGUCAUAUAAACAGAAAAAGACAACAGACCAUGCUAGGGCUUACCAGCCGGCAUCUUUUCAGCUCUCGAAUCGACUUCCUCCUGUUCGUGUUCUUGCAAAAGAGCUGCAGGCUGUCAAGGAUACUCUGUCAUCCACAGAGAACAGCCUACAUGGCGUCCAUCAUGAGCUGAAGCAAACAACAGCUGCGCUUGAGUCAGCUAAAAUACGAGCAAAGAAGAACCAUACUCUCUUGAGGAAUGCGCUACGGAGGCUUUCUAGGGCUAAGGAGUCAAAACUGAAACGCUCUCAGGUGCAGGCUAUGCUGGAUAAGGUUACAAGGGAAGCACAGAUUGCCGGAUGGAAGGAUGAACUUACUGAAAUUUCGGAAGUCUUCAAUCAAAGCCCGCUUGCACAACGUCUAUGUCUCUCGUUGGGUUUAAACGAACUCUUAGGAAAGCUCAAGGGCAUGAAUACAGAUCAUGCAAGUGAUCAGAAGAAGACAUACCGACUCUGGCAAGAGUGGAAAGCAAAAACAACCCGUACCUCAUUUGGAUAUGCAAAGUUAGAGAGAAUGCGAGAUGAGGCUCCAAACGAACUCAUGGCACUGCUUCUUUUCUCAACGUCUCGGGCCAUAGAACAAGGUGGUGGUCAGCAACUUUGGGAUGCAAUGGAGCCAGACGCUCGAGGACCUAUCAUAACAUGUAUGAUGGAGCAACUUGCCUUGGAACUUGGCACAGAAAUCUACAACUCGCUUCCUGGUGAAGAAAAGCGAUCCGUGGACUUGUUUUUCUGGGCUGGUUGUUCUAUGCACAAGGAGCUGAACUCCGUGAAAGGAGGGAAUACAACAAUGAUGGCGUGGUGGAAAGAGAACGACCAAGAACCCCCUAUCUUAUUGGCCAACAAGGACAAUGCGGCGGCAAUCAAACUUGCACAAACUACAAAUGUGGUGUCAGCAUCAGUGCAGCGUGCCUUGGAUGUCUCAUCAAGGGGUGGCGUUAAAGCUACAAGCCUGGCGGGUGCGAUCUUUAACCAUCGGGAUGACAAGAAAGGGCAGCAAGCAAUUCAUGAGAUGUACUUCUCAGACAUCAAGGGCAUCACUGCUAAAUUUCCCGACACCAGCAACACCCGUUAUCACUCCCAUUGCGAUGCUGCUACUCGAUUGAUCAAGUAUCUUGAUGGCUACAUUGAUUUUCUCGAAUACGUUCGCCUCAACAAGGACAGCCCCGACCUCAACCAUAUGGAGGAAAACUUGCAGAAUGCGUUACGAGAUCCUCCAACAUGCACUGAGCUUGCUGUCUUGGUACUUUACUCUCAAGCUGUAGCAAAACCAUACCUCAAACAUGUGUGCGGUUCCGGGAUCGAGCAAUUGAAUAUGCUCACACUUGGACCAUUUCACGAAAAACUCAAGCAGCAUAUCAAGUUUCUUAUCGAGAACACAGACGUCCUACUGAACAGUGCUUCCGAGAGUACAUACCGUGAUGCUACUCUUGAUGGUCUUACGUGGGACGACUCAACAGCAAUUGUGGCUGUUCUUGCUCUGUAUCAGGACGGCAGGCUACCCAGCUUACGAAAUGUCCUGGUUGCAUUUCUUACGGGUUCACUCGAGACUUGGCAUCGCUUCACAACAGAGUUCGAGGCGACAGGAAUUAUUGCGAUAGCAACAGAAGAAGAAACGAACCUUGUGUUCAUACCUGCAACAAAUGAUAAAAAUGAAGGUUUACUUAAGUGGGGCGUGGCGAAGAGCUUCAUCACAAAGUCAUUUGCAGAGGCAAUUCUUACCGAGGAGGAUUGGGCAUGGAUCCGACAAAAGGCACGGGAGUUUCAGGCCAGUGGUGUAGAAGGAGCAAGAAAGAAGGCACUAAUCGAGCACGGGAAGAAGAUCGCAGAAGAAAACCGUCAGAAGGAGCUUAGAAAGAAGAGGAAGGAAGACGAACUCAACGAGAAAUACGGCACUGGCAAGAUUGCACUUGUUCUCGACGAAGCCAAACUUGCCAAUCUGAAGUGGGAGGACCUCAGGGAUCAGCUUGAAGUCCAUCGGCGGCUUAAAGUGGUCAAAGACGUACAUUAUGCAGGGAGGGCAAGAAAAAUUAAGCUCCUCGGUAUGGUAAAGGUCGUGGCUCAGCAGUAUAGCGCGAGCACGGAGAGAGACUGGGCUGGGGAUGUCAGCGAGGUUCGAGAGUCGAUUGGAGAUAAGGAGAUGACACCAGUUACACCGCGUCAACGGAACAACAAGCCUACGUUAUCUUUUAGACUCAAGAGGUUAUUUGGAUUCGCCGGCAGCCACAUGCGAAGUCAAGGCGCCGAGGAACAUUCCGCACACACUGUUUUCAAAUUAGGUCGUGUUGUGCUCAUAUCCCCGGCCAAAGCCAAACUUGUGCGUUUCUUAUUCUUACCUGCAUCGGUGCACUCGUUGUCCACGGAUCGGGUCCACCGGCUGGCUCACAGGCAGAAUCGGCUGCAUAACAAGAAGAGUACCAUGGACGGGGAUACCGCACAAGAUCCAAACAAGAACCCUGCUGCACAGUCGAGCAAUACCGAUGCGCAAGCCAACAGCAGUGCAGACAACAGCGCUGCGGCGCAGCUGAGCAAUGCUGAUGCACAAGACAGAAACUGCCAGAACGCCGCCACCGGCACCAAUGAAGCGCAGACAAGUCAGAGCGAGAGGGUCUCGUUCGACGCUUCUGCAGUGCAAUGCGGCUGUGCGGGGUGGCGCCUGAUUCGCAAUCCACAGAGACGGGGAUAA